CAAACCCGUUUUUGGGUUUGGCACUGCACUAGCUAAUUUCAACCUGCUAACGGCUUCUUCCCGAUAUUUUUCUAAGUCGGGAAGAUGCCGUGUCCAAGCCCGAUGAAUCCUAUCAACUAGUAAACCCCGCGAGGAGACCCCGCACUUCCGUAGUGGCUUUACCGAUUACCUAGGUCGUCCUUGAAGUCUUGGACUGUGUAUGUCAAGCCGAAACACACGGUACCUGAAUCACCUGCAUCAUACAUGUAUCGACUUAAUAAUAAUCGGAAGCCACUACAUAGAAUGAUCAAGUACCUAAGCCAUUCAGAUGGAAGCCAUGCUUUAUCUGCCCUCUCCUUCCUGUGUCGCCAAAUAUAUAUACCUAUAUAAUACAAGUCCAGUCCAUCAAAACCUUACCAUUUUUAAUUCACGAGAACUUCACACGUACACUUUUCAAUCUUAUAACAAGUGAGGUCUUCGCAAUUAUAUUAAGAUGUCGGCUAGGCAUUUCAUCAAUGAUCCUACUCUGCUGGUGAACUCGGCUCUUGAGAGCCUCACCCUUACUAACCCUUCUGUGGCCCUGGAUGCUGAGAACAAGAUUGUCUAUAAAAGACCCAGUCAUGAGCCAUCGCAGGUCUCAAUUAUCAGCGGUGGUGGCAGUGGGCACGAACCGAGUUUCGGUGCCUUCGUCGGUACUGGCUUGCUCUCGGCUGCCGUGGCCGGAACUAUCUUCGCAUCACCUAGCGCGGAGCAAAUACGCAGGGCUAUAACUUCGAGAGUGGAUACUGGCAAAGGUGUCUUGGUUACCGUCAUGAACUAUACUGGCGAUGUUCUUAAUUUCGGUAUGGCGGUCGAGAAGGCGAAAGCUGACGGUCUGAAUGUCGAGAUGGUCAUUGUUGGCGAUGACGUUGGAGUUGGCAGGGAAAGGGGAGGUAAAGUUGGUAGGAGAGGAAUCGCUGGGACAGUACUAGUGCACAAGAUAGCUGGCGCUCUCGCUGCACAGGGACGCAGCCUCGAAGAAGUUUACAAGGUCGCAAAACUCACUGCAGCUAAUCUUGUGAGCGUUGGAGCUAGCCUUGAUCAUGUGCAUGUGCCCGGCAGAGCGAUCGGUUCUAACGCCGCCGAGAGCCUUCAAGAUGGAGAGGUAGAAAUUGGAAUGGGUAUCCAUAACGAGGCAGGAUCAGGACGAAAGAAGGUCAAUCUCCCAGAGCUCGUGGGCACGAUGCUAUCGCAGCUUCUGGACCAGAACGACAAGGACAGGGCGUUCCUCAACGUAAACUCUAACGAAAUAGUACUGCUCGUGAACAACCUUGGAGGUGUUAGCGUUCUCGAACUAGGAGGCAUCACUGCGGAGGUGGCGAAGCAGCUAAGAUCAUCCUGGGGUAUUCAGCCCGUGAGGAUUCUGAGCGGAACAUACAUGACAAGCUUGAACGGGUUGGGAUUUAGUAUUUCGCUCCUGAAUGUCGUAAAUACAGAUAUUGGUGGUCCGAGCAUGAUUCAGCUAUUGGACUAUCCAUGUGAGGCUACAGGCUGGUCAGCACCGAUCCAGAAAACCACAUGGGAAGCAAAGAAUGCCGCUACGAGGGAAAACGGAACGGGCUUCGGCCAAAGCAUCAAAUCAAGUGGUCUCAAGACUAACGGCAAUGCAUUUAAUGAUGCUCUGGCUUCAGGUUUGCGAGCUAUCGCAGCGGUCGAGCCAGAGGUGACCAGAUAUGAUACUGUGGUUGGAGAUGGCGACUGCGGCAUCGGUUUGAAGCGUGGUGCUGAAGCUGUCCUUAAUCAUUUAAAGGAGAAGCCGGCAACAGGAGACGUCGUCGUCGAUCUCGCUCAUAUCGUCACUGUUGUCGAAAAGGCAAUGGAUGGCACUUCAGGGGCGCUGUUUGCGAUCUUCCUAAAUGCUCUUGUUCAUUCACUCCGAACACUUGCACCGGGAGACGCUUCUCCGCAAGUAUGGGCUAGUGCUCUCAAGCAAAGCUGUGAUGCGCUAUCAAGAUAUACACCCGCACGGCCGGGUGAUCGCACAUUAGUAGACGCCCUGUAUCCGUUUGUUGAGGUUCUCGGAAAGACGGGUGAUCUUAAGGAGGCCGCUGAAGCGUCGAAGAAAGCUGCUGAGGAGACCAAGGGGAUGAAGCCCAGCCUGGGCCGGGCAGUGUAUGUUGGGGGCUCUGGAUUUGAACAGGUGCCUGACCCAGGCGCUUGGGGAUUGGCGAGUUUCUUCCUGGGCCUUGCUGGGAUAAAAUCUGAUGAUGAUGAAAGCUGGGAAACUAUAUAAUUGUUAGUCACCUACGGGUCUUGUAAUGGUAUUGAGCCGAUUUGGUGGUGCGGAGUAUAUAAUCAGAUUUAAUA